CAGGGAGUUCCCUGCGCUCCAGUCGAGAGAGACCCCUCUCACACCAGAAGACUGCCAGGAAACGGCGUCAUGAUAAGAGAUAAAUAUCAGGGGAAUUACCGAAGUGCUGCAGAUGUACAACUACUAGUGAAGCCUAUACAGAGGAAAUGGGCUGGAGUAUCAUUGCUGUUCGCCAGAACUAAUGCACGCGUUGUCAGUAAAUGCAGUCUGCGUCAUGAUUUCGUAAGACGGUGAACUUUUUGGUUUCUCUUCCACCAUCCGGGACACGGGCUGUGAGGAGCGCAAGGAAAGAAAUCUCCAGAACGGAGGUAGAAUGUAAACGAGCAGCGCAAUUAGCGGUGCCAGAAAAGAGGCAAUGUGUGCAAUGGGUGGUCUGUCUGACACGUAAGUCAGUCUAGUGUGUGUUUUUUUAUAAGAUAAAUCACGAAGAACGACUGCACGCCUACACCACGACUUCAUCUCUGACGGUUGAUUUUACGAGCAGCAGGAGGGGCGCAAGGAGAAACAAAAUCGAGAUAGGAAGGAACAAGAUGGCUGGUUCGUACACUGAACCAAAGUUGCACACCCGCCGCCUACUGCUGAUAGGGGGUCCGGGGACAGGCAAAAGCUCUUCAGUCAACACCAUCCUGGGCAAGCAGGUGUUCCCAGCGGAGGAAGUGACACUUGAGACCAGCGCCUGUCAAGGGGAAGUGCUGGGCUGCAUGGUGACGGUGGUGGAUACACCUGGGCUGGCACUGGGAGGAGGUUUAGGAGGAGGAGGAGAGGGGGAUGGAGAGAGGGAUGCCAGCAGUCCUACUCAGGGCGACCGGUGGCAUCUGAGUUCGGGGAUGCUGCUCAGCUCUCCUGGGCCUCACGCCAUCCUGGUGGUGCUGUCUGUGUCGCAGACCCUCACCGAAAGCCACCGGAAAGCUCUAGAAGCUCACCUGGAGGGGCUUGGCAAAGGUGUGUGGAAGUUUACCAUGGUGCUUUUCACCGGCUGCGAUGCGUUGAAAGAGGGAGAGUGUCUGGAGAGCCACAUCAUCGAGGGAGGGAAGCCUCUGCAGCACCUGGUGGAGAAAUGUGGGAACAGGUAUCACAGCUUGGACAACACGUGCCCCAGCGAGCGGGGCCAGGUGAAGGAGCUGCUGGUGAAGGUGGAGGAGGUGGUGGAACAGAACCAGGGCUGGUACCUGGAGGUGGGCCGCUCCUGCGUUCUACUGAGCCAGUACCGAGCACGGAGCAGGCAGCUGUGGAAUGUGGCCCUGGGGGCCGAGAGGAUUGUGAUGGAGUCUUGGAACCUCCCGGAGCCCAUGUAUAUAUCGCCCCCCAGAGAGCUGCGUAUGAUUCUGCUGGGUUGGAAGGGUGCGGGGAAGAGCAUGGCAGGGAACACUAUCCUAGGCUUCCAGGGUUUCGACGUGGGAAAGCAGACGGAGUUCAGCCUCCGCAGACAAUCUCAGGUGUCAGGGCGGCAGCUGACGGUGGUGGACACUCCUGGGUGGGACUGGUGGUCGGUGAGGCAGACGUCUAAACAGGUGCGGCGCGAGUCCUUCAGGGCCCAGGAGCUGCUCCACCCGGGCCCCCAUGCCCUGCUUUUGGUUCUCCCCCUGGUCUCCUCCCUUACCGCACGCAAGAGGAACACCCUUGAAGACCACAUGGAGAAGAUCUUUGGCAGCCACUGGUUCCAGUACACCAUGGUGCUGUUCACGUGUGGCGACUGGCUGCGUUGCCAGGGUUACUCCAUAGAGGAGCACAUCCACAGCGCUGGGAAGGAGAUGGUGCGGCUGCUGGAGACCUGUGGCAACUUCUACCAUGUCCUGGACGGCCUCAACCUGGACACGGGACACAGACAGGUGCCCGAACUCAUCAACAAGAUAGAGGAGAUCGUCACGCACAACACCACCGAGCCUUACCUGUUUGUUAACCUUGACGGUGAUCGGGAGUCAGUGGACCAGUCAGAGACGAUGGAAUGUGGCACGUGUAGCCUCCUAUGAAGACAUGGCGCUGACAAUGACUCAAGUCACAUGGCUGAACUCUAACCCAGCACUCAGAUAGUUAACAGGUGCGUUUAGAGUGCUGCAAGGUGGAAGUGCUUUUUCUUGGUGGUCUUCAAUUCCAGAUUUCGUAACUGUCCAGUGAGGUAGUGGUGCGCACAUCCAAAACGACAGGUGCAGGACGAAAGGCUCUGAAAACUAUGAACAUGAAUGUCCGAACACUUGAUCCUGUGUUGCUUUUCUUUUCUUUUUCCAAGUGAACGUUUUCGAGCUCAUCUUUAUGUUCAUAGAUUACGUAACAGGAAAACAGAUAUGGGCAUUCAGCAUUGAAAGAGAAAAACAUGCCUAUACAUUUCGGCCCGCAAGGCCUUUUUCAGGGUUUCAGGAGCUGUGUUGAUUUUAAUUGAUCGUUCAAUUAUUCAGCACCUGGUAAUGGCACAUAAUCAUUUAGGUCUAUUUUGUGACAUCUUUCGUUGACAGUAUUUUGUACAUACACGAUUGUAAUGUCUCUGUUGUGAAAAUUGCAUUGAGAUAUAUUAUUCUGUUGACUGUUUGCUUGCUUCAUCCGUGAUGAUUCCUUUACAGUGUAAUUUCUACAGUAGUAUGUUGUUACAGAGAUUUUUAUUCCUCAGUUUUCUUGUCCCCAACCCCAACCAGCUUUACUUUUUCAGGCCCCCCUUGCAUGUGUGUGUCAUGACUCACAUCACCUACCCCAUUGGAUUAGCCUAGCGAGCUAAACCCCUACAGCGGCCACAAGGGGCGUCUAGAUUUCUUGGCUACCAUUGGAUGCUGGAUGCUCACAUUCUCACCUCCUCUGCAUGUAGUAACUUGGACUGAAGACAUUGUAUGCCUUGCCAGUUAAACAUGUCUGUGUGCCAUGCUGGUUAUUUGCACAUGUAUGAUCUACUGUCAGAUUAUUUUUGUCAUUCACCAAGACAUGCCUUAAAAAAGUUUGGAGAGUGAGAGGGCCUUCUAAGUACAUUUCACACAACCGUACUUGCGUGGCAGUUGUGCACUUUACGUCUUGACCCUGAAUGUUGCCAUGACUGUCAGAAAUUCAGGUGGAUUCGUGUAGAUACUUGUACUUGUAAUGUUUAAGCAUUUAUCCACAUGCCUCUGUCCAUUCUGUCACUUUGAGUUGUAGUAUUAGCAGAGUCAUGGAAUUCAGAGUUGAGACAACUGGGAACAGGAAGUUGGUUGGUGACAUGAUUCAUGUAUAUGCAAAUAGGCAGCGGUUUUAUUUUUCUUUAUUUUUUUUUAACACAGAACCACUACAUAAAAUUAGAUCAAGUACAAAUUAAUUUACAUUUACUUUUAUUGCACAGUCUGUGCAGUAAACCGCCAACUUCCUGGAAUUAUGUAGUGGAACUAUGUCAAUGGCAAACUCUGCUCCAUGAGCCGCCAUUGUUGUGUAGAAAAUGGAACACUGAGGUCAAUGGGAUUAGCCUUACUUCCAUAGCUCUGAGUAUUAGUAUUGGAACCACAGGUGUUGUCCAUAUGGUCAGUGUUGAGUUCCAGUAUUGAGACCACACUCCCAAAGACUGCAGCAGUUAGGUAGUCGUCUGAGAGUUGGUCUUGGAAGGUCACAGGUUUAAACCCCUCACUACAGUAGGAAGAAUGUGGUCUGGGGCAAUUAAUUGACUUUACCUCUUCAGCACCCUACUCCAUAGCUUAAGUACCCCUGAGCAGGGACGGUUCUACACAAGGGCCAGAGUGGACCAAGGCCCCAGUAGAUUUCCUCCUGGCCCCUGUGUUGAACAGCCAAUGACUUAAAUAUCAUUUUUUAAUUGCAAAAUUCAUACCCUAUACAUUUUUAUAUUAUACUGUAUAUUCAAAACAUUACACGUUAUUUGAUCUCUUUUUCCAAUUUAUAUGCCGCCCCUGAAAAAACACACUACCCCCUCCUCGCCUGGAACUUUUUUUUGUCCGUUUCAACUACAGUAUGUAGGCCUAUUGGUGCCUGCCUAUGUCCCAUUAAAUUUGCACAUGUGUACAAUUGCAGUAUUAACAUUGAAUUGGUAAAGUAACGCACUUUGUGAUCCUGUCCCCAAAAGUAAAGCUAAUGCAACAACUUCCAAAGGUGCACUUCCUACUUCAGGCUAUUGAUUGUGCAGAGCCCUUGUUAAAGCAAUUGAAACUGAAGCAGAUUCAAGUUCAUUCCUUAUCGAAUCGAAAGUGGUUUGUUAGUCUUUGUGAAAAUAAAAUUAUUUUCUGUUUAAAUCAAAGCUGAUGAACAAUGGAACAUGGAAUGUUUUGGAAAACACUGAAAAUGAGUGUACUACUGUGUAUACUGAGUGAGGACUGUGUUUUGUACAUUUGCCAAAUAAUUUUUAAGUGUACAUUGUGUUUUUUUGAAAAUGCUAGUAUUCACAUUUCACUUUAUUAAGGUGUUAUCAUGCCCAAUAAAUAUGUUUUGCACACUCAAAAUGACUGGAUCUCUUUGGUUAGGUAAAGGUACACUGUGUGGGAUGGUGGCCAGAGUAACUAUUGUAACUAUGCUGCUCACUGAAACUGUACUGCCUAUUGCCAAAUUUGAUAUCUUCCUGAAUAUUUAGUAAGUAAUAAACACAUUAGUAUGGCCAAAGUACAAUACGUUUUGCACCUAAACAUGUCUAUUUCUGGAAAUGUAAAAUGGCGGAUAAGGACAGUCAUAAUGAAUACUGAAAUUUCAUGGUGGUGGCAAGUAUUCGUGAAAGAGGGAACAUGAACAUGAAUUCUGGAUAUUAUAAGAUACUAAAAUAUUACACAGUGCACUUUUAACUAAAUUGAGCUGACUGCCUGCAUUCUGGAUGGCAUUUCAUGACGAAUGAUGUUAAGUCUUGGUAAACAGAAUGAAACACGAGAUGUUUCAUUUGAGCACCUUUUACAGGGGAUGUGUUCCCCAUAAAUUCAAACAUUGCUUGCCUUGUCAUGUGUGGUAUCGCAUACUAAGACUUGUGAUUCAUUAUAAGAUGGUAGGCAUUCAAUGGGAUUAUGCUGCCUCAUGUUCUUUAUAUUUAACAUUAUAAGGUGAUUCCUUUUAUUGUAGAAGUAGGCUUAUUGCUACAAAUCACACAGUACUGUGCAUUAUAGCCUUCUUUUGGGAAUAAAUAACAUGAAGAGUCAAGAUGCGGCGAUGUGAGAUUAAAAGGUUUAUUUGAUACCAACGUUGAUGGUACAAAAUAAGAUAUAAAAUAGAUUUAGGAUACAUGAUCAGUAAAAGAUAUCAGGUACAAUACUAAGCACAAGAAUACCAUAAAGGCUAAACCACUUGACAAAAAAAUAGUUAGGAUGCAGUAAGAUAAUAAUUACUUGGGUAGGUCAUGUUUAUACUGUUUAUAAGUGUCACUGUGAUACUGCAGUUCCUAGUGUGAGGAUACCGGGGGGGUGCAAGGGCAAGUAACAGGUGAGUCUACAAAAAUAUUUAAAUGCAUCUCUUGACAUUAACAGGACACACGAGUCAACCUCCUCUCGUCUUCUUAAGCCAACACUUCAAAAACAUAAACCCUUUCUGUUUUCCAGUCUUUCGGUUUCACUAACUCAAGUGGGCCAUCUGUAAACCACCUCCACAACUCUCUCUUGCUCUUCUCUUAACACUCUUCAAA